AGCAACUGGCAACAACAUCAGAAACAUCAGCUGUUGUUAUUGAAUCAUUCGCCUUGAAGCCGCAUUUUGUUAAUUCUUGGAAAGAAUUUCUCAUAAAGGAAGCUACAAAGCAUUGUGAAAAUGAAGAGUCUGCUCUUCGUCGGUCUGGCACUUUUCUGUGCCAAUUAUGCAAGUGGUGCCCAUCUUUUGGGUUCCAAGGAAUGCACUUGGGGUCCUUCUUAUUGGUGCUCCAAUCUGACGGCUGCAGCAGGAUGCAGGGCUGUAAAGCAUUGCAUUCAGACUGUUUGGGUACACAAGGAGUACCCUGAGGACAAAGACAGUGUCUGUGACAUAUGCUUGAACAUGGUUAAGGAAGCUAGGGAUCAGUUGGAGAGCAAUGAAACUAUGGAGGAAAUUAAGGAAGUCUUUGAGGGCUCCUGCAAAUUGAUUCCCAUCAAGAUGGUGUCGAAGGAAUGCUGCAAGAUCGCUGACGAUUUUAUUCCGGAACUCGUCGAUACUCUCGCAUCGCAAAUGAAUCCUCAGAUUGUUUGCUCGGUCGCUGGAUUGUGUAACAAUGCUAAAAUUGAUAAACUUUUGGAGGAAUACAACAAGCCAAAGAAUACAUGCCAGGGCUGCCAUACAGUUGUUGAUCUUAUGGAACAUAAAUUUAAGGGAAUGUCUAAGGAUAUUUUCUUGAAAAAUUUACUCCAGGUUUGUGGUCGCAUGGGAAGCCUUUCUGACGCUUGCAGUAAUAUCGUUGUAACUUACUUCGAUGAAAUUUACUCGCAAGUUAAGAACAACUUUAAUGCUAACAAUGUAUGCUUGAUGUCUGGAGAAUGUAGUGCCAAUUUCCACAAGCACGAAAUCGAUGUAAUCACAAGGUCCGAAAUCGGCGUCGUUAAAGUCAAAGAUGAUGAUUUGCCCUGCGAAUUGUGCAAGCAACUGGUAGGACAUCUGAGGGAAUUGCUGAUCGCCAAUACCACCGAAUCCGAGUUCAAGACCGUAUUGGAAGGUCUUUGCAAGCAAACCAACAAAUUCAAAGAAGAAUGCCUCUCCAUUGUCGAGGAAUACUACACGGUUAUCUACGAUUUCUUCGUCUCCCAAUUGAACUCUUCAGAAAUCUGUGAAAUGGCUGGAAUAUGUCGGACCGGAAAUAACUUUGCUUUUGCUAUUAUACCUGUUUUACCAGCGGAAUCCGCCAAGAAGGCAGUUCAACUGUCGAAACCUGGAACAUUGCAGUCACCUGAUCUUAUGCAACUGCCGAUUGAGCGUAUGCAUAAACCAGCGGUUUACAACAAGCAACUCUGCACUUUCUGCGAGUAUUUCUUGCACUAUGUUCAACAAGCCAUUACCGACCCUAAGACCGAGAACGAAGUAAAGGAUAUCGUCAACAAGAUGUGCGUUAAAAUGCCGAGCACUUUGCAAAGUGUCUGCGAGCAAUUCGUCAAUGAUUAUGGAGAAGCCGUUGUAGCUAUCCUAGCCCAAGAGAUCGAUCCUUCUGUGAUGUGUCCCUUGAUGCAAUUGUGCCCAUCGUCGGAAAGCAACACUCAGAUUGAAAUCUUCAUGCAACAGAACUCCAAGGAUGAACCUAACUGUCCACUCUGUAUUUUCGCCGUAAGCAAACUGGAGGAGAUGGUGAAGGGACAGAAGAGCAAAUACAAUAUUAAGAGCGCUUUGAAGAAUUUGUGCACUCAUCUACCAAGCAAUUUGGCCAUGGAAUGCCAUGAUUUCGUAGAUAGUUACACCGAUGAACUUGUGGAGAUGCUUAUGGACGAUUUCAAACCUCAAGAGGUUUGCGUCUACUUGAAGGUUUGCGUGGACAAGAUUCCUGCUCCGAAGAUGAACGAAUUACCACAAAUUGAAGACAUGAGCGAACCAAUCAGUUCGAACGAAAUACAUGAUAACACCGCGAACGGCGUAGUAGUCGUACCGGAAGCGGAAAAUUCGAAGCCUCAAUGCAUCUUGUGCGAAUUCGUCAUGGAAAAAUUGCAAGUCGCUUUGAAGGAUAAAGACACCGAAGAGGAAAUCAAGAAUGCCAUCCACGGCAUUUGCAAUGAUCUUCCAAAAUCGAUCAAAAGCGAAUGUAACAACUUUGUGGAUAAAUAUGCGACCAUCGUUUUCGAUAUGAUCUUGGCGAGCGUGAAACCUGAACAGAUCUGCGCCGCAAUGAACAUGUGCAUUACUAAACCCGAAGAAGUACCGGUCAAGUCACCACAGUGCGCCCUUUGCAAGGUUGUUAUAAGGAAAUUGGAAACCUUGAUCAAUGGUAACCUGACUGAGGAAACCAUCAAGGAAUCUUUUGAGAAGGUUUGCAAUUUGUUACCCUCUAGCAAGAAAACCGAAUGCGUGAAGUUUAUUGAGAAUAACGAGCGUUAUAUCUAUAACUUUUUGAUCACCGCCGUCGCCCCCGACGAGAUCUGCUCGUUGUUGAUGGUCUGCGAGGAAAGAAAGCAAGUUGUCAAGAUGCGGGUGAACAAAUGCGCCGUGUGCGAAGCUGCUGUUAUGGCCAUCGACAAAAUCUUGCAGAAUCCCAAGGUAGAUCAUUCCAUCGAGCACGUGCUGGAGAAGGGUUGCAGGGCUCUGCCUCACAGGAACCAGCAGAAAUGCCGCGAUCUGAUCGAAACGUACGGACAAUCCAUCUUCAAUUUGGUCCAUACCAUGACCGAUAGUCAUGCCGUUUGCAAGGAAAUCGGAGUUUGUCGCGAUCCUCCAGCAAGACCACUUUUGGGAGCCAAUAAAUGCAUACGUGGACCUGACGUUAUCUGCGCCAGCGUUACCAGAGCUAGAGAAUGUGGAGCCUACGACAUGUGCUUGAAGAACGUUUGGUCGGGAAGUAAACCUCUAUAAGCAACAUCUCAGAGUUCAUACUCCCAUCAAUUUUAACAUACUUUUAUUUAGUUGUCGAAUUUAGUUUUAUUUCAAAUCUUUUUUUAAUUUUAUUUUUUCUAGAGCUUCACUUUUAAUUUUUAUUUUGCAUUUCACUGUUUAAGUGAAAUCAAGUGAUUUAACUCGUAUAGUAGAGAUAGAAAACACCAUUAGCGGGAAGGGGAACUGUGAUAAGGGUGUCGUUUUCUAUAGUUUUUUUUGUCGUUAAUUGAAUAAUAUCCCCCUUUCUUGAUACUUUUCGCAAAAUCUGUCACUAUAUAAAUUUAAGUAAGGAAAAUAUUAUAAAUGUAGUUAUUAUACUAAAACAAAAAUAAAAUA